AUGGUGACUUCCAGCAGCAGUGAUUAUGACUAUGAUUAUUCAUCUAGCUCUUCUGACGAGGAUUCCAAGGUUCCAGAGAUGAAGAUUUCUGUAGCAAAAUAUCGCGCCAAGAUGGACCAAUCAUUGAAGAAGGCUAAGGAAGACAUACUGAAGACUGCCCGUGAUAGAUUCUCGAAGAGGAAAGACGAGGAUGAGAUAAUAGCUGAGUACCGGGAGAAGAGGCUUCGAAUUCAGCGCAAAUGGUUAGCCGCCCAGGAGAAGCUUCGCUCUCGUCCUGAUGGUGUAGCCUCGGAUUCGUACGCUGAAGAAGAAGAGCCCGUAUGGGAGCCAAGGGAUCGCAAAAUUAAGCCACACCGGCUUACCAGGGAUAUUGAGCAAUUAGUUGAGGCUGAUCUUGAAGCUGAACGCAAAAGGGAAGAGUAUUGGGAUGCAAUGUACAACGAUCCUGAUGAGAGAGAAGACUUUGGUGGUGAUUCUAACAGUGAUUCUGAGGAAGAGCAUGAAGAAUAUUCCACUGAAGACGAUGAUGGUGACGACGAGUCCGAUGAAUCCGACGAUUAG